UACCCUGGUGGUUCAAAAGUUGUGUUUUGGGCCUUCAGAACCCGGGUUCGAGGAUGACAAUUGACACCCUAAAAAAAAAAAAACCGAAAAAAAAAAAAAGAAGAAGAAGGUUGAAGAAGAAGAAACUAGAUAACACAAAAAAGAGGUAUUCUAAAAUACCUCCUUUUUGUAAUGGAGUGAUUUAAAGAAUUUGUGAUGAUCAAUUGGUGUAAAAUUAAAUAUAAUUUUAGCAGUUGUAUGAAGACAAAAUGACUGCUUUAAAGUUUAAAAACCUCAUCUUCUAAUUUUACUAACGCUUCAAAACACUACCUUUUUCUAAGCCUUAUAUUUUAUCCACACCAUUCCUUCCUCAACUCAGACAAACGCAUACAAAGAGUUAACACAGAUGAGGCAUUUGGCUUUGGCUCUUUUGUUGGCCAUAUUGAUCCACCACCUAUGUUUUCAUAUCCAUGUUGAAGCGGGAGAUGGUUUUGUUAGAAGCAGAGGAGUGCAUUUUCUGUUGAAUGGUAAUCCUUACUAUGCAAACGGGUUCAAUGCCUACUGGCUCAUGUACAUAGCUUCUGAUCCAUCUCAAAGAUCCAAAGUAUCAACUGCUUUUCAUGAAGCUACAAGCCAUGGCCUCACAGUGGCUCGAACUUGGGCUUUCAGUGAUGGUGGUUACAGACCCUUACAGUAUUCUCCUGGCGCCUACAAUGAGCAAAUGUUUAAGGGAUUGGAUUUUGUGAUAGCUGAGGCCAGAAGGCAUGGGAUUAAGCUGAUAUUGAGUUUAGCGAAUAACUAUGAAAGUUUUGGAGGGAAGAAACAGUAUGUGAACUGGGCUAGAAGUCAAGGCCAGUACUUGACAUCUGAUGAUGAUUUCUUUAGAAACCCUGUGGUUAAGGGUUAUUACAAGAACCAUAUCAAGACUGUUCUUAAUAGAUAUAAUAGCUUUACGGGAAUUCAUUACAAAGAUGACCCUACAAUCAUGGCCUGGGAACUUAUGAAUGAGCCCAGGUGCACAUCAGAUCCUUCUGGAAGGACCAUUCAGGCUUGGAUAAUGGAAAUGGCUUCCUAUGUGAAAUCCAUAGACAGAAAUCACUUGCUGGAAGUUGGUUUAGAAGGAUUUUAUGGACAAUCAACACCUCAAAGGAAGAGGCUCAAUCCCAAUCUUGAUAUUGGAACAGACUUCAUUGCUAAUAAUCGAAUCCCUGGCAUUGAUUUCGCAACUGUUCAUUCAUAUCCUGAUCAAUGGUUAUCUGAUUCCAAUGAUCAAUAUCAACUUUCUUUCUUGAACAACUGGCUCAACUCUCAUAUGCAAGAUGCACAAUACAUUCUUCGGAAGCCAAUACUAGUGACAGAAUUCGGGAAAUCCUGGAAAGAUCCAGGUUACAACACCUACCAAAGAGACUUACUAUUCAAAACUGUCUACUAUCAUAUAUACUUAUCAGCUAAAAGAGGAGGUGCAGCAGCAGGAGGCCUGUUUUGGCAACUUUUAACAGAAGGCAUGGACUCUUUUCGCGAUGGAUAUGAUAUAGUUUUGACUCAAAGCCCCUCAACUGCCAAUGUGAUUACUCAACAGUCUCACAAGUUGUAUCAAAUUGGUAAGAUUUUCACAAGAAUGAGAAAUGUGGAGAGGUGGAAGAGGGCAAGGGCCAGUAGAAGGGCUCAGUGGCAUGGCAAAAACAGGGGAAAGCAUAUUGGGAACUGAAAAGAUGCAUUUGUGGCAUAUUUAAGUUUUAGUCAAGAGCUUGUUUGUGUUAAACGUAUUAAGGUGACGUUUGGGAAGUGGGUUCUCUCUUAGAGAUGAUUGUCGUUCGUCCAGGAGGCUUACUGGGACAUACACUAUACGUUAUUUCUAUAUUUCUUGCACUUUUGUUGUCUACUGAAUUGUUUAGAGUACUCUUUGUUGGGGAAUUGAAGAACCUUAAACUUAUUGUUGGCUUGUUGAGUGAUACUAGACCUUGUCCAAACAGAUGUUUAAGUUUUAUCAUAAAAAUUAGAGCAGAACGACAUUUUCCCACCCAAGCUUU